AUGUCGACAAAUAACCCUGAUCCUGAUCCUGAUUCUGAUCCUCUUCGUCCCCCUUCUUCUGGGCAACCUACAGAUGUUACGCUGAGUGUAUCUACUGCUCCUCGGAAUAUACCUGCGUCGUCGCAGAAUCAUCAGUACUUGUCGAAUUCUCCGCUGGAAUUUAGAUGUUCUGUUUCCCCUUUGGAUUCUCGGCGUCCUUCUCAUGAUCGAUAUUCUACAUCCCCUUUGGAUGCUCGAUGUCCUUCUCAUGACCAACGCCUAUCUGCCUCACCAACUGCUGAAGAACUAUAUAUACACGGUGAACCUUUCCCAGAGCUAUCCGGCUAUCCUGUCAAUGUCGCAGAUCCAUCAAUCCAUAUACAACAACCAUCCAACGAACAAGACGAGCUUUCGGAGAUGGCUCCAUCGCAACCUACCUCAUUCGCGCCGUUUUUUACUCUCAUAACGGAUUCCACGGUACUCAUUGAUGAUAAAGAUGGAAAUCCACAGACGCCUACAACGCAUCAUCCGAGCAGAAUACAUUACAUAUUUUCCGAUGACGAGGAUAGUGAAGUGUUAAAAGAUGCCUGUUUGAGAUGCAUACCUGAUGCUUCGAGUAUAUCGAAUAGUAAUUCUUUUACAAACAAAGCUUCCGAGGAAUUACGAGCUUCAAACUCGAGUUCAAGACCAGGAUCAUUGAAGAGGAAAGAAAGUGGCAAGGAUGGCAAGGAGAACCAAAGGGAGGAAAGGGUCAUUCUGAUAGAUAUGAAUGAAACUGGGGAUAGAGUGGUUAGGGCACAAAGUCUAAGUGAUAAAUGGCAGAUUAUGGGGUGUGAGAUUGGGAAAGCUCCUAUCUGGGAGGGUGAAGGGAAUGAGGAGAAAGGGGGUGGAUUGAUGUUGAGGAUUGAGGGGGUUAUGAUACCGAUUCUAAAAGAGGAUACGAAUUUGAGUGGGAGUAGGGAGAAGGGUAAAGGAAAGGAAAAUGAUGAUGGUAAUGAAGAGAUCGAGGAACUGGAUAUGGAAAAGUUACUCGAAGGAUUCGAUAAGAAGAUGAAUGUACUGCGCAAAGUUAUCGGAGGAGUAGGAUGGGACCAUGGUCAUGAUGGGGGUGGUCAUGCUGUGAGUAAUAUGGAUGGAGAAGGAGAGGGAGAUGGAGAGGGAGAGGAAUAUAUACCAAUACAGGAGUCAGGAGUAGAAGAUAUGCAGAGAGAUCGAGAGAAAGACGGAGAGGCAUUUGAAGCUUCAUAA